GUUUGCUCUGUCCCAUCCCAGACUCCUCAGCCUACUGUCGUUCCAAAGCCAGUUCAGUCUGUCGUACAUGUCCCAUUGCAACCAGGCUGUCCAGGCCGAGGCAAAAUGGCAAAGCUCCUCAGUCCAGAAGAGAUGACAUCCAGAGAUUAUUACUUUGAUUCCUAUGCGCACUUUGGAAUUCAUGAGGAAAUGUUAAAGGAUGAAGUGCGUACAUUAACUUACAGAAACUCAAUGUAUCACAAUAAGCAUGUUUUUAAAGAUAAGAUUGUCCUUGAUGUUGGAAGUGGCACAGGAAUCCUCUCCAUGUUUGCUGCAAAGGCAGGAGCCAAGAAGGUAUAUGGGAUUGAAUGUUCAAGUAUAUCUGACUACUCUGAAAAAAUUAUCAAGGCCAACCACUUGGACAACAUAAUCACAAUAUUUAAAGGUAAAGUGGAAGAAGUUGAAUUACCUGUGGAUAAAGUAGACAUCAUUAUCAGCGAGUGGAUGGGUUAUUGUCUUUUCUAUGAGUCAAUGUUAAACACAGUCAUCUUCGCACGAGAUAAAUGGCUGAAACCAGGAGGGCUAAUGUUUCCAGACCGAGCUGCUUUGUACGUGGUAGCAAUUGAAGACAGACAAUACAAGGACUUCAAAAUUCACUGGUGGGAGAAUGUGUACGGCUUUGACAUGACCUGUAUUAGGGAUGUUGCCAUGAAGGAGCCUUUGGUGGACAUAGUAGAUCCAAAGCAAGUGGUGACCAAUGCCUGUUUAAUAAAGGAAGUAGAUAUUUAUACAGUGAAGACUGAAGAACUGGCAUUUACUUCAGCAUUCUGCCUCCAAAUUCAGCGUAAUGAUUACAUUCAUGCAUUGGUCACCUACUUUAAUAUUGAAUUUACAAAGUGCCACAAAAAGAUGGGAUUUUCUACAGCACCUGAUGCUCCCUAUACUCACUGGAAGCAAACUGUCUUCUACUUAGAAGACUAUUUAACUGUGAGACGAGGAGAAGAAAUCUAUGGGACAAUAUCCAUGAAACCAAACGCAAAAAAUGUGCGCGACCUGGAUUUCACCGUAGACUUGGAUUUUAAAGGACAGCUAUGUGAAGCAUCAGUAUCUAAUGACUACAAAAUGCGCUAGCAAGAAACCUUUCAGAGAGAUGAAAUGAAUUCUGUGAAAUCUUGAACUGCUGAACUUCAAGCUAGGAGCAAAUGCUUGCACGAUUACUAUAUUAAAUAUUAGAAUGUUUACUCCAGUGGAAAGUGGUAACAUGAUCCCUCCUACAGAUGGUAUAGAAGGUUGGGAUCCCACCAUAAAUGUACAACAUACGGAACUACAGCUCUUGUCAAAUAUACGGGGAAAACAAAGAACAGAAUUGAGUGUUCUGUUUGACUUUAGGAUGCCAGAAGAUGCAUAUAAAAUUGUACUAUUUAUAAUGAAUUUCUGGUUCUUCCAAGCUUUGCAUGUUACAAGUUGAUUAGGGCAGUUUCUUCAAUGUAGAAGACCACUAAAAGACAUUAUAGCUGGACUUACGUUCAAUAUAAAUACUAUAUAAUAUAGUAUAAAAUAGUAUAUUAUAAUAUGAUAUAUAUUGUACAUGAGAAAAAUGUUUAUUCGUAAUAGGAACUCAUUUUGUGAUUACUUAAUUUUAACUAUGCAGUUAUGGAAAGAUGAUAUCACUACUCUAGACAGCGCUACUUUUCAGCUCUAAUUAACUGCCUAAAUUAUAGCUUUGGGAAAUACUCUGAGCAAAAUGUAGGUAAGAGCUGGGAAUUUAUAAAGGAUCAGCAAACAUCUCUUAGAAUAUCAUCUGGAAACUGGACCAUGAAUUGUAAAAUUCACUUUCAUAACUGAAUGUUUGUUAGAGCUUUAAAGAACAUCAGCUUGCAAAUAUCCUGUGGUGAGUUCCUAUAGGUGGAUUUUGCAUGAGACCUUCUGAAAUCAGGCACAUAGUACUUAAAUGUGAUGAAUGCAAAGUCUCUGAAAUGGUGGGUAAUUCAUGUUUUGUGGCCAUGUAGUUUUUGCCCAUUUGAGUUCUCUGCAAGAUUCUAAAUACAGAAUCAUUUUAAAAACUAGAGUUUUUCUUUCAUUAAUGUUUCAGAUAAGUUUUAAAUUGCAAAUACUAUUCUCAAGGGGUGCAGUGGUAUGCUGGAAUGAGUUAAUGUCUCAAAUAAAUAUAUAUUGCUUCCAAUAUUACUAAGAUGUCUGUAGCUUCCCCAUCCUCUUACACUCCUUGUUUUUCUUACAAAAUCUUAUGCUUAUAGGUAAAUAUUGACUGUAAUUAUUCACAUGUAUUUUUACUGUAUGAAAGCUGACCAUGGAAUCACAAGUAAUUUGUCAAAAAGUGAAUCAUCAGUUCUAAAUAUGCAUCUUCUAGUCUCUAGUGCAGUGCACCGCAUCAUGUUCCAUCAUAUAUUGGAUGAGAUUAUUUUUUGCCUGAAAAAUCUUUUUAAUCACCUAUAAAUAAAGCUUACGUGAAUAUACAAGCAAA